AUGACUAUUGUUAUUCAUAAUACGAAGCUUUUUGGCGGGGGUAGGACAGACAAGCAUUUACCUCAAACGCUGCGCGUUAGUGAAGUUGUAGAGUAUUACCGCUGGAAUUUGGUGGUGAACGCCGAAGACGUCAUGACGAAGGAGGAGUAUUCCGUUAAUAUCCCCAUCAUUCCUAUGGGCAUGGUCAAGAAUAAAAACGCGUAUUGGAAAAAAAUACGGCAGGCGGCCGAGGAUGAGAAGCAGACUAUCCUGCAGGCUUGUGGCAAGGUUCCGCCUGAGUUGGCAGCCUCACAGAAGGGCAUAGCCGUCCCAACAUACACCGGCAAAAUGGCAAGGUUCCGCCUGAGUUGGCAGCCUCACAGAAGGGCAUAG